CAGGUGGAGAAAGGAGGCAUCUGGAGAAUAGGUGCAACGGCAGCUAACCGGACUACAGUGAGGUGCAUCUUUCAGUCCCUGCCCUGGCUGCAGGCAGCCCUAAGAGCGUUGAAGAUAAGAGGUUGGUCUGUUUCUUGUGCGUGUGUGUGGCUGGGAAAGGCACCCAGGAGAUCCUCUCCCUGAUGAAGAGACCAGCCUUGUCCUAGGCAAUGAGUAACACCACCACACCCACCUCCGCCGGACCCUCCAACGACUCCCUGGUGGGCUACGUCCUCGUGCCGUUCUUCUUCAUCACCAUCCUCGGCAUCAUCUUGGCCGUGAUGAUGUAUGUUCAGAAGAAGAGAAGGUUUGACAGGCUCCGCCACCACUUGUUGCCAAUGUACAGCUAUGACCCCGCAGAGGAGCUGCACGAGGCCGAGCAGGAGCUGCUGGGGGAGGCGGAGGACACCAAGGUGAUGCCAGGCUGGGGCGGCGGAUACCAGCCCCAGCGGACGCUGCUCAUGGACAUGAAGGCGUAGCACAGCUCGGAGACCAGCGCUCAGGACAAGGACCAGCCGCCUGCAUCCUCCUCGUGUGCAAACACCACGCACUCCUGGCCGGGGGGAGGGAGCCUUCCAGCCCCUGCCACUUUUGCACUUUAUUUCUGUUCCCAUCUCCACUGUUCCCUCGCCCCUGGGUCUUGCCCCUCAUCUGUUACAAAGCAGGAUGGGCUUUUGUCUCUUGGCUCCGGCUCUGGAGCCUUCUCUGCCAGCGCCGCUGCCCAGAAGCCUUCCUGCCACAGAAGCACUGAGAGCCCAGGCUGCACCCUGGGCUCACACUGGUGAUUGGGAAUGGCUAUGUCCCCCAAUACCCUCCCCCCUCACAGCCUUCUGCCAUGGACAGGAGGCUUGAGCUUCCCCCUGUAAGUAAUGCAGCAAGCUAAGUGGCUUGGCACCCCUGUAAUAGCCCCUCCAGCCCCACCCACUGCAGCCCUCCCUGCAUUUAUUCAAGCUUCCCCCUCUAUGAGCAGCUUCAAACCAAUGCAGCUCUGCUACUGCAGUGCAUCAGCCCAGAGACCCACAGUCUGCCAUGCUGCCUACAGCGCUAUGCACGUCACCGGCAGAUUACCUUGCUCUGUUGUGUGUGUGUGUGGGGGUGGGGGUGGGGGAGGAAGCUCAGUUCCCUGUGUGGACAUGUGCCUAUCGCCACGUGCAUGGGCUUGUCCCACCAGAGACUCUUAAGACCUAGUCCACCUGAAUCCCAUGCCACCGUCUUGAAAAGCCAUGAUGACUUGUUACUGCGAUAGGGCAGCUAGGUCGGAGGGUUUGAAGCAGUGUCCAGGGCAGGGUGGGAUUGAUUUGCUGUCCAGAGUUUAACAGAGCAGUGAAGAACAAAACCCCCAUGUUUCCCUGUGACCAGCCAAGAGGCCUUAUGUAUUUGCCAAGGAGGAGAGUUCUUCCUAGCACAAAAGCUCCUGGAGAGUCUGACAACCAAACUGUGCUAGUUGUAGUUCAGCAAGGUGCAUCUUCCUAUGGUGAUUUUGUGGUUUUUUGUUUUUUCUUUUGAGUAGCUCAUCUCUCUAUAUUUUGUAAAUAAAAGGCACUGUGAACGUGAGGCUCCA